UCUGAGCGUUAUUUAUUUUCAUCAGUUUGAUGCAAGCAAAAUAUUAUUUGACUUUAGAAUUGUGUGAAAAAUAUUAUUGCUAUAUUUAAAAGUGACAAAUACAUAAUUAGAAAAUGUCCACUAGAUCCGGGAAACGGAUCCACGGGUCAUUUCAUGACAAUGAACAAAUUGUUAAUACUGAAUUUGUUGCUAAAACGGAAAGAAAGACACGAAACAAACGACAGAAGGAGAAUGCAGAAGAUACUGUACUGACAACAGCCAAGAAGUCGAAGAAACGUAACAACUAUGUCAGUUAUCCAACAGACGAUGAAACAGCGGCCGAGAUGGGCGUCUCCAAUGAAAUAGAGGGCCAUAAGCCUCGAGUAUUGCGGAGCAAUAUGUUAAAAGAACAGGAUUUAAAUGUGUCCAACAGGGAGGUGGAAACUGUUAAAACAAAAAAUAUACGCUCCACAAGGCGGACUAGAAAAUUUUCAGAAAACAUUUUGGAAACUGUUUUCAAACAAGCAGAGAAGGCUCAUUUAGAUGUGGAACUGGAAAAUAAUGAAACAGGCAUAGGUAAAGCUAAAAAGAGUAAAAAGAAAAAGGCAAAAGAGCACAUGGAAAUUGAUGUGAACGAAGGUAAGAUUGUUUCUAAAAAACAAUCAAAGAAGAGACGGCAGAAAAGAACAAGUACAAAUGAUGCCAAUGCUAAAAAUAAUAGUCUUAACAGGAGUGACUCAUCGAAUGGCUCUUAUUAUAGUGCUGCAGGCAGCCCACCAUCAGUUCAUAGCGAUGGACACAAAAAAGCUAAUUCAAAUAUCUCUGAAUUAGAUACAAAUACAGAAAUAGAACAUGUCGAAAUUAUUUCUAAAAACAAAAAUAAGAAUAGAAGUACCAUUAAAAAUAUUGAGGUCUCCAUAAAUAAGAAUGAAGUUGAAGAUUCUAAUAAAAAUUGCACAUUUCAAGAAACUAAGUCUGACCAUUUAAAUGAUACAUUUGAUAAAGAAACAAGGAAGAAAAGAAAAUCUAAUAUACAAAAUGGUAUUUAUGAGGCUGAUAUAUCAAAUAAGUCUCAUUCUGGAAGACUUAAGUCAAGAAGUUCAGAUGUUUAUGAGAAAUUAAAUAAUACAUUUGAUAAAGGCACUCAUGAAAAGUUUUUAAAAUCAGAUUUAGAUAGGAAGUCCCAAAAUAAAACACAUGAGAACUCAAUUGAAGAAAGAGAAAUCAUUAACACACCUUCUGACAAGGCUACAAAUAAACGAAAGUCUCUAAGAUCCAAUUCAGAGGUGUUCAAAUCACUUAAUAAUACAUUUGACAAAUCAGAUAAUAAAGAAUUGGUAAUCUUUAACAGUACUUUUGAAAAAGACAAUGGCAGCAAGAAUAGUACACUUGAAAAUGGUAGUAAAAACUUUGCAGGAAACCUUAACACAACUUUUGAAAAAGUUGAUAAUGAUAUAUCUGAAAGGCUUAACACUACCUUUGAAAAAGACAAGCCAGUUACAGAAGCAAUAGAAUCAGGACUUAAUACAACAAACACAAUAAACAAUACAUCUGAGGAGUCUACUGAUAAUCAACUUAAAAUUAACACAACUUUUGAUAAAGAAGAAACUAAAUUGAACUCAACAUUUGACAAGACCACUCCCAGAAACAGUAUCAGGAGACAUUCAAAAUCAUCACUGAUCACUUCUGAUGACACAGACAACCUGACCUUUGACAAAUCAAACGAUAAUUCCAGAAUCAGUGUGAGUGAUGACUCUGGAACGGAAAACAUUGUGAAUACUACACCUGUAUUGAUUGAAAGUAGCAUAGAUGAAUCAAGAACAAACAGUUUGACAGAUUCUUCUAAAAAAACAUCUGAUGUGCCUAUAACCCCUUUGAAAAGGGAGGGAACAUUUACUAAAGAUGAUCCCAAGUUUGCCAAUAAAGCUACAGAUUCACCGAAAAGAACCCCAUCGAAACGUAUAACUCUAUCCACACCAGGGUCUACUCCAUUCCCCUUCUCUAAGAGCUCUGAAAAGGAAAAGAGCAGGCUGAAUGUAACUCGGUCUAUCGAGAGGGCAGCAAGACGGUCAUUAUCACUGGACAUUCCCUCAAAUGCCGCUUCGAGGACCACCAAAGUGAUGUUCUGCAGUCCAGUCAACAAUCCUGCUGUUGUACUGCAGCAGAGAAGAAAAGUUAUAAAAUCAAAUUUAAAAGGAUCUAAUAAGAGUUUUGUUUUUAAUGAGGAUGGUAAUGCGACCCGGGCGGCGCCCCGCAAACGCUCGUACACGCAGAACGAUGCGGAUGACGAGCGAGCCAAGAGAAAGCGCCUCGCAGAUGACCAGCAGUUGUCCGUGAACAGGCUGUCGCGGCCCAGGACUCCCAGCGCUACAGGUAAACCAGAACCGACCACACCGUCAAAGAGCAUCCCAACGCCAUCAAAAUCGAAGUCCGAUACCAAGAUAUCGAGAACCAAACUGCCCAACUUCGCAGCGCUGCACCAGCGCAGAUUCGAGAAGAUGGAGUCCCUGGACGAAUGCCAGGAGAGGAAGGCAAAGAGAGCGCGGCAACUGCUGGUGCCGACCGCUCCCAUCACGGUCCUGGAGAGAAGCAGCCCCAGAGGAUCACUUACCAGCUCGGAGCCGCUGUUACCCAAAGACAAAAAGCCAGAUCAAACAGUCACAAAAAAAUUGGAGACCCCAACGAAGAAAUUGCCCACUCUAGACUCUCUGAAGCCAGGCUACACAAGAUUCGGCUUCAAAAUGAAUGUAGAAGUCAACCCAUUCAGCAUUCCGACCAAGAUUGAAGUGAAACCAAAGGAAAGUAAACCUAAAGGCAUUGCAAGACAGGUUACAUUACCUUCUCUAACCGGCACUACUAGGAGAGAAGCCGCGAAACAAACGGUCAUGAGGGAGAAGUCGUUCUCCCAAGCGACAGAGAAAAGAGAUGUGAAGAGAAAGGAAAGUAGAUCUAUAAUUAAAGGCGUCAGGACAAACAGACGGUUCGAUUUGCAGAUGAAAAUGAGGAAUAUCAAUUGAUUAUUAAUAUAAUAAAUGAAGUAGUAACUUUAACAAUAACUUUGUGAUGUAAUAAGAACUUAUAGCGGGAACUCCGUCAUGUAAGUAUUUUAAACAUGCGUAAGCAGGAAAUAUAAAUUCUUGUUUUUGAUUAUGGAUUAAAGGUGUUUCUAAUCUAUACAUAUAAAUAAAAUUGGAGUGUCUGUUUGUAAUAUUGAAAUAACAGUUUUUUACUACAUACAUAUAAAUACGGUACAUACACCAAAAUAACAUUUUUUACAAUUUUUGUCUGUCUGUCUGUUGGUUCCGGCUAAUCUCUGAAAUGGCUGUACCGAUUUUGACGGGACUUUUUUUGGCAAGUAGCUGACGUAAUAAGGAGUAACUUAGGCUACUCCUUAGGCCUAUGCACGACAAGUAUCUGCAGAUUCUGCCAAACUGAAGAGGAAACGCCGCUUCACAUCCUAUGUGGUUGUAGCCCACUCAUGCAUAAACGAAAUAUCUCCUUUGGAAAGUUUACACUCUUUCCCGAGGAGAUAAAAACGAUCGCUCCUAAGAAUAUCCUUCAAUUCCUGUCCCUGACGGGUCUAGGUAGCGAACUCUGAAAAGGGCGAGCACAAUAGAUCUAUGUAGGUCGCAGUGCUACAGGUGCUACACAUCUGACAAUAGC